AUGGAUUUCUAUUACCGAAAACUGAUGGGAAAUGGAACUGUUGCUAGUAAAUUCAAAUUAAAUGGGAACAAUACUAGCAGCGGUACCGUUAUUCAUCUGAAUCAGUCGAAUGUACGUGAGCCACUUCAAAAAGAAUCAGUGUAUGAGACCCAAACGCAGGGUGAAUCCGCAGAUAGUACCGAUUCUGCCAGUAUGAAGGCAGUGGAAUUUCCCGAAACACAUCAUUCCUUUAAUUGUGACCGAUGCUACAAAUUGAAAAAGAAGUGCCUGAGAUUGUAUCCUGAGUGUGAGAAUUGUACGAAAGCAGGUGCUAGCUGUGCAUACAUCGACAGAAGUAACAAGAGACGGAAGAAGACCAACCAAAAGGUAUAUGACGAUAGAGUGAAUUUUGAAACUGAAUCGCCCACUUUCCAUAUAGUGAAUGAGAAAAGCGAUAGUUCUUCCAGAAGUAAGGGGAAGAACGAUGAUCUGGUGGUUGUACAUAAGCUCGUGACAGUGUCGUCAUUGUUGUCCGGAGAGGCAGCUAACAGAGCGCCAGACCAAUUCAAAGAAAUACAGACAAGACAUAAAAAACCAAUUUCACGUCCAGGCCAGAGCAAGGACACACCUAAGGAGAAAACAAUGUCAGAAAUAUUAGCAUUAAAAUCAUUAAAACAACAACAGAAAACGAACUUGAAAGAGGAAUUUAUAACGAUGAAAGCCAUUAAAAACGAAUUAGCAUUGUGCUUUGUGUUGAAUUACUUUCACAAUUAUGGAAAUAUGUAUCCAUUUAUAAAUAAAGAAAAAUUUAUGGAAAACUUCAAGAAAAUUGACUUUGAACGAGAAAUGAUUAUAAACUUGGACGUCUAUUUACUAAUGAGUGUUGGAUGUAUCAUCUACGAUUAUAAUAACGACACAAGCUUUUUCGGAGAGUAUUUCAGUGAAAAGGCUAUAGAAUCUAUAAUAGGAAUCUUAAAUUUUGGAGGAAAUAACGAUGAGGAAGAAGACUUUGCCAAUUUGACAUUAUUAAUGUUAUUAACAAUAUAUGCGAUUAAAAUAUUUAAUGUCGAGUUAUGCUGGGGUUUGAAUGGUAUUAUCAGCAGGAUAAUAAUUGCGUUGGACUUUUAUAAACCUCAGGCCAAAGAUGAAAACCAACAAAAACGUAUUUUCUGGUCUAUUUUCAAUCUCGACAGUGAAUUGAAUAUUUUACUACAUAAACCGAGUCAAUUGCCUAACUUUAAGUACAUAAAGCUCGAAAUUCCAUCCGCUGAAACCUUCACCGAUGACGAGUCGGGUGCCAGCAUCGUCAAGGACAUACAUUUACACAAACUACAGUACAGGAUAUUGGAUUUGAAGUUGCGAGAUUGUAGCGACGCGGCAAAGGUCAAAGAGUUAAGUCAGGACCUCGAGAACUGGAGGGUUUCUACUAGCCUGGUGAUCCACAAUUCGUAUUCCAAUGACACAAAUUUCCAGGCUUACAUAUCGUUGGUGAACCUCAAUUACUACUACCUUUUGAUAGAAUUAGACCAGCUCUCGGCAAGCGAGUCGUUCCAGUUCACAUUGCAAUUUUUGUCCAACUCGUUCACAUUGUUGAUAUCGGAGCCUACAUCCAACUCAAAGCCUCAGGUGCUGUUGUCGGUUAACUCGUUGUUCUGGUACACGAAGCUUUUCAAUGUGAUCAAGUACAACAUCUCUUCCUUGUACGAGCUUUUAUUGCUCGUCUGCAAUAACCACGUCAACAAAAACAAUACUCAGAGCGACCUCACACUCAAAUUGACCGAUUUCAACUCCAACCUUCAGCUUAUGCUUAAUCUCCUCAAAUACUUGUCGCAGAACAGGCUCAAACAGCAUCCAUUCAUAUCCAAGGUCAAUGCAUGCAUCGAUUCGCUCGGCAGCUUGAACCUCAAACUCUUGCAUUUCAAUGUGUUUUCGUGUCCCCAUGAAGACAAAAAGUCCUUACUCGAAGAAGUGGACAUCAUACGAUCUACGUUACAGUCAUCAAUAUAA